CUUGUACAGCAUCAAGCAUCAUCUUGAUCAUUCAGACAUGUCUCAACAAGUGCAGCCAAACUCAAAAGAUACUUCGAACACGCCCAUGCCUGACGCCGAGCAGCCAACCCCAAAAGAUCCUUCGAACACGCCUAUACCUUUUGAGCAGCUACCUCCGCCUCGCAUCACAAGAGAAUGCAACUUUAUGUGUUACAAGGAUAACGAAGGGGUUGAACACCGUAUUCACAUCCCGCAGGGGCAAUUCAAGCAGGCCUGCCAGCACUUCAUCGACGAGGAUUGGGCAGCUCUUGGCCGAUUCCCUCCAAGCAUUGAUUCUUCGGCUCAGUCUCCACCAGCUUCAUAGGCCUCAUAGAAGACCGACAACAAACGCUUAGGACGCAGGCUAAAGGGGGGGUU